AUGGUUUUUGCGGAGCAGCACCAGCUUUUUCUGCAGCAGCAGCAGCAGCAGCAGCAGCUGGAUGUUGCACAGGAAGAGCAGCGCCAGCAGCAGUGCCAGCAGAGGGAAGAGCGGUACCAGCUACAGCACCAGCCCGGUCUAGAGCAACGGGACCAGAAGCUGCUCUAUCUACAGAAAAAAGAGGAGCUGCAGCAGCAACACCAGCAGCGUCGUCUGGAGAAACAGCUGCAGCAAGAGCAGCAGGCGGAGCAAGAGCGUUUUCUGCAGACGACGCUGCAGAAAAUGCAGCAGCAGGCACAGCUGCGACCGAAGGCGGUGGAGGUUCUGUGGAAAACGAGGAUGAGCCCGCCGGUGGAGCCUCGGCCGCCGCCGGUGGAGAUUCGGGCGCAGCCGGAGAGGGCGAGGGUGGGGUCGUCCAAGCCCAAGCAGAGGAGGCCGCCGCCGGAGAGGACGAGGGCGGAGCCGGUCAUGCCCAAGCCGAGUCAGCCGACCAGGAGGGGGAGAGCGGAGGGCUGCACGGAGGAGAGGCUCUCGCGGAGGCCCGCGGCCAGACGCGUGGUCUACUGGAGGGCUUUUGAAGAUGUAUUGCCAGGCCGGGCUUUCGUCACCCGUUCGUGCGGAGGAAGGGGGGUGUUCGGCGUCCCCGCUCCCCUCGAGAACAAGGGCGAGAGUGGCACGAGACCUUGGUGGCAACUGCGCUUGAACGCCAGCUUCACUUGCUUGUUGGUUACUUCGUACGGAGAGGCGGAUACUUUAUUCGCGGGAGGCGGCUGACUAGUUUCUAGAUGGGACUUGAUACAUUUUAUAUCAUUAUUCAUGGCAUUGAGUCUUGGCAUAUUGAUAAGGGCCUGGCUCGGGUGUUUGUAUACGGAAGACGUAUCCGUCGUACGUUUUUCGAACUGCUUCAAGGAAUAAAUAUUGGUUCGCAUGGCUGUGGAAAGGUGGCUAGCGAUGUUCGAGAUUUAUGCACCAUUUCUCUUUCAAUUUGUCGAACGGCGACAAAACAAACGCGAAGCUUUGCUGACUGCGCGAGCUGCUUGACCUAAAGCCGACACAUCCGGUAGUUGGGGCGCAUGCACUUUUUCCU